CAUAACAACAUAACCUAUACAAUAAUUUCUCAUUAUCUUGAGUUAAUUUCAAAAAAAUUAACCUAUUUCUUUUAAUACCUUCAUAAUGAAUCAUGAGCAAUCGAAGCGAUGGAAAUCAAUUAAUCCUUAGAGGUUAAAAAAACCUAUCAGAACCCAAAUCAGAGAUACAAACAACAAAUUCUAGAUGGAGGAAUUAGAUAAGAUGAUUCAACGUGAUAUCUUCCUUAUCUUGACACAAAAUGAGUAUUUAGAGGCAACAGCGAAUACCGAUGUGGUUAAAUUAAUUUUACCUGAAUGAAGACACUUACAUUGAGGUAAAGUUAAUUAUUCUAAUCGAUUAUUAUCAUUAAUUACUCAUUAAAUUCCAUUUUAUAAAAGCGAUUUUGUAAACAAACAAACCAAACUUUAAUCUUUGACCCAAAGUGAUCAAACAUUCCCUAAGAUAUUGAAUUAAGAUUAAUAAGAAUUUAAUUGAGUUCUUAUCUGCUUUUGUGAAGUAUUUAAGGAGGAAAAAAUCGAGUUGGAAGCAUCAAAAAGCAUUCAAAGCUUGAAGCAAGAAGAACUAGAAGAGAAAUAAACCCAAAAAGAAAAUGGAAAAGGUUUUAAUUGUUGUUGUGGCCUUCUUAGCUAUUCAAAGCUCAAUUGCAAAACCAGCGCCUCAAAAAGGCCCAAUGGAGACUAUUGCUGAUAACGUAAAAACAAUUGGUGAUAACAUCAGCAAAACUUUAGGGGUACAAGACAUUACAUCAGAAAAAGUCCUUAAAACCAUCAACGAUCAAGCCAAAGUCUUUGCAGACAACUUAAACCAAAUUAAAACGAAAGUUGAUAAAGAAAUUAAAGCUCAUGAUGGGGAAGUUCAAAAAACCUUAAAAACUUUCGAGGGUAAACUUGGGGAGGCUUUAGCAAGCAUCCAAAAGGUUGUGGAUCAAAUUGACCCCGAGAAAAAGAUGCAAAAAUCCACUGAGGAAAUCCGUAAACAAUUCGAUGCUAGUUUUAAAACGGUUACUGAUGGUUUUGAGAAGAUGUCGAAGAACUUACAACCAAGUGUCAAUGAAGCUAACACGAAAAUAACUCAAUUAACCAAGCAAAUCGCCGAUAAUUUAACGCAAGUUGGAAAAGACGUCGAAACUAAAUUGAAGAAAGCUGUUGAUGAUCACCAAAAAACCCACAAAAUUUAAUUAUUAAUAAAUAUUUUUGUAAUGAAAAAAUUAUAAUAAAUAAUUUUGAAAUUA